AACCUCACCACAAAGAGCCACGUGGCUAAAAAUUUUCCGUGCCACCCUUCCUCCUUCGUACUUUUCUUACACGUUACAAAGGAAACCGAAACUCCCCCAUGUUUGAAGUAAGGCACAAAGCAUAACUCAGACAAAUGUCUAACCAAACCUUAAACGACAUGUCGUCGUCGACAAUAAGGAGUCUCAGCGAGAUAUCGGAGUCGGACACGAUACAUCUCGGUGUCGAUCUCGUGUCGGCGGCUAGAAGAAGUAUUGGGUUCUUGAGAAGUGUUAAUGAGUGCCAGUGGCUUCACCAAAGAGCAACAAUUGCUGAAGCAAUAAGGAGGUAUGAUAAGGUAUGGAUGCCGUUGAUUUCUGAUCUGACGGUGGAGGGGUCAACGCCUCCUAUGGUUUUGCCACCUUUUGAUGUUGAGUGGGUUUGGUUUUGUCACACCUUGAAUCCUGAUGGUUAUAGGAAAUACUGUCUUUCAAGGUUCUCAAAGCUAAUUGGAAAACCAGCAAUUUUCAAUGAAGAAAAUGAAGAGUAUGCAUUGAUGAGAUGUAGAGCAAUUUGGGUCCAAAAAUAUUCAUCUGAGCCUUUUGAGAAUGAAGUUGAAUCAGAUUCUCAAGACCCACCAUUAAUAAAUGAAGAUAUUUUCAAUGACGUUCAAAAGCACAAGUUUUUGUAUUCAAAACUUUCAGAACCCUAUUUGUGUGAGCUAGUGUAUUUGAUAGCAGCUAGACAAAGAUACAGAGGAUUUUUGUAUAUGAUGCAAAGAUUUGGAGAUGGGUGCUUUCGAUUUGUGCCUGCUUUCGAUAUUCUACUAAUGCUGCUGACUCAUCAGAGCUACCCAACAGUGUAUGUAGAGGAUUUGAAGGACAUGUUGGACAAUGUGGGCAAGGUAGUGGGGUUAUGGGAGACUGUAAAAGAAAAAGAAGUGGAAGAAACCAAGAAGCUAUGGGAGAGAACCUUUGAUCAACCUUAUGAGAAAGCUGGAGGCAUAGCGGUGGCCAAGCCACGAAUCUACUGGGAGGUUUCAGAUGUAGAUGUCAACACCAAAUACAAGUCCAUGAUCCCAAGGUUCCUACUUGGGGUAUGUGUUUUUGUGAGGACCAAUGCUUGGAUGAAGGCAACAAAUGGAGACACAAAACACAAUUUUCUGCGUCUCCGGAUGGUAAGAUGUCACAGGGAGCUCAAGCUUGAUAAAUCCAUCCCUAACGUUUCAUAUGAUACAUGGUGGAAAGCCUGGCAUCUGUACUGUGAGUUUGGAACUAGAGGACUUAUGGUUGAGCUUCGUGGUCGUGGUGGUCAUUGCUUCAAAGGAAGUAAAUUGCUGAACUCAAUUGCAUUUUAUUGGAAUGAUUUGCUAAGGGCACCCUCAAUUACUUUGACAAGAGAAAGUGAUCAAGUGAGGAUUGUUGCUUCUAUAACUCCCCCAGUGCAAGCACCAUACUUGUUGAAAUGUGUGCCAGAUAGAGUCACAGAUGAUUCAGGAGCCAUGAUAUCUGAUGUGAUUCUGAAAUUAAACAAUUAUCGGCCUCAAAAAGGUCGUUGGCUGUCUCGCACAGUUCUAGACCAUGCUGCACAUCUAUGUAUCUACUUGAUACAAAAUUUUGGAUUGCUGUGUGGCAGAGUGGGUGGAGGGAUUUGGAGAAGAGGAUCUGAAACUCCUUCUGCUGUAAAUUGGGAGGAUAGGAUAAUCGAGAUACGUGAAGGCUCUUGGUCUUAUGUUGCUGGUUCUAUUGGUAAAGCUCCUGAGAAAGUGGUAGGAACAGCUACACCAAAUGAAUCUCCAGAGCCGAGGCAAGCAGUAUGGCAUUUUUCAACAGGAGAUGAAUUACUGAUAAAUUGGGGAUCUUCGACAUCUAGUUCUGGCCUGAGUUUUUGUCUGAGAAGCCAAGAACCUUCAGAUUCAUCUGUGAUGUUAUUGAGGGGACGAAAAAUGCAAUAUCAAGAGGAGACAGCCAAGUCAAUGGCAGAGUGUAAAGAUAAAGCAACCAGAAGCAAACUAGCAGAAGAUGAGAAAGAAGUUGAUGAUGGAUUCGUGACUCUUGUAAGGUUCACAGAAGAGAACCCAACGGGAAGAGCAACAGCCCUGUUGAAUUGGAAGCUAUUGGUGGUAGAAUUAUUGCCUGAAGAAGAUGCUAUUUUGGUGCUUCUACUUUGUGUUUCCAUACUCAGGACUGUAUCAGAGAUAAGCAAGGAAGAUGUCGGAAGUUUGUUGGUGAGGAGGAGGUUGAAGGAAGCAAAACUCGGUGCUCGAGACUGGGGUUCUGUAGUUCUUCAUCCUUCUUCACUAUCCUCACCCAGCACUUCACCUUAUCUACAACCAUGGUAUUGGAAUGCUAACAAAGUGAUGGCACAACAUGAAGAUGACAGCAUCACAAGGCAAACGGCAUCUAAACAUUCACCUGUCGAGGGUGGCGAUAUGCUUUACAAGCGAGGGAUCAUUGCAUAAGAAAAGAUUUUCUACCAUUUUUUUAAUCAGAAAUGGGAAAAAUGCAUAAUGAUGUUACAAUUGCAUAUUUAUUAAUAAACGCAUCUCAGGAAAGCAUGUGCUCCCUGCAAACAGAAGCAGCUUUGAUGCUGUUACCUUUCAUAUGCAACAUGCAAUCUUGGUCUGUAACACAGAAGGAUGACCAGCAUAUAUCAUGGGAGGUGCUAAUGGGAUUAACGCGUACAAAAAGAGAUUUGGUAUUGAAAAUGACACCCAUACAAAUUUUAGUUGCUUCAGAGAAGCUUCUAAUGGAUGCGGUAAAAUGAUCCUUAUUUUGUUCUGAUUUGCAAGAUUGUUAAGCACUUAGCACCGAUAUUUCUAGACUCUGAAUCAAUUAUUUUUUACUUUUUGGCUUGAACUUGAGAAAUGGGCAUAUACCAUUUUCAACAUUGGGAAUAGCUCAUAGAUUUGGGUUAAGAUUUCAUUCAACGAAUCAGUAAAGGUCACUCACAUCAGACAUUAUCGUUAAGGAACAUUCCAACGGUUAAAAUCUAAGACUAUUUUAAAGAUUUAGAGUUGGAAUCAUGAGAUGGACGAUGUGGGAUUUAUGGACAGAGAAAAAGCAUAGGAAUCAGUUUGCACUAUAAAGUUGCCUAUCUGUCUGCUGUUUGUAAUGAACUGUAUAAGCUGUUUUGAUUAUCAGGAGCCAUGACUGACCUUUUU